AUGCAUUUCAACACUCUAACGUGUGUGCUGGUUGGCCUCGUCGCCCACUCAUCAGCAGUCCCGACAAAGCGCGAAGCCGUCAACAGCUGUCUCACACAAGCCAAAGUGCCCACCGACGCACAGGGCUCUCAAUCAUGGAAAGAAGACGGCACAGCUUACAACCUGAGACUUCCAUUCGAACCAGCUGCCAUCGCAGUUCCCACCACUGUCGCUCAAGUUUCCGCUGCUGUUGAGUGUGGCGCCAAACACGGCGUUGCAAUCAGUGCCAAGAGUGGUGGCCACAGCUAUACCUCUCUGGGCUUUGGUGGCGAAGAUGGUCAUCUCAUGAUUGAGCUGGAUAGAAUGUACAGUGUCAAUGUGGCUAAGGAUGGCACCGCAAAGAUUCAGCCUGGUGCUCGUCUUGGACAUGUCGCUACUGAGCUCUGGAACCAGGGCAAGCGAGCUCUCGCUCAUGGAACGUGCCCUGGAGUUGGUCUUGGUGGUCACGCCCUGCACGGAGGCUACGGCAUGGUCGCCCGCAAGCACGGCCUUACUCUCGAUCUCAUGACCGGCGCCACAGUCGUUCUCCCCACCGGCAAAGUCGUCCACUGCUCCAAGACCGAAAACUCCGAUCUUUUCUGGGGUAUCCGUGGCGCGGGCGCAAACUUUGGUGUUGUCGUCGAGCUCGAGUUCCAAACAUUCCCUGCGCCUGAGCAGAUCACCUACUUCGACAUUGGCCUCAACUGGGACAAGAAUUCUGCUCCCCAGGGCCUUUAUGACUUCCAGGAAUUUGGAAAGGGCAUGCCUGCCGAGAUCACCAUGCAGAUGGGUGUUUCCAAGAACGGAUACAGCAUUGAUGGUGCUUACAUCGGUGACGAGGCUAGCCUGAGAAAGGAUUUGCAGCCUCUGAUCCAGAAGUUUGGUGGUGUUCAAGUCACUGCUACCACUGUCGACUGGAUGGGUCUUGUUACUCACUUCGCUGGUGCUGGAGUCAAUGUCAACCCUACCAGUCCUUCAUACGAUGCACACGACAACUUCUACGCUAGCAGUCUCGCUGCUCCCGAGUUGACCCUCAACCAAUUCAAGUCUUUCGUCAACUACGUCUCCACCACCGGCCAGAGCAGCAGCCACUCUUGGUGGUUGCAGAUGGACAUCACCGGCGGAACCUACUCUGCUGUCUCUAAGCCCAAGCCCAGCGACACCGCCUAUGUCCACCGCGACACCCUCCUCCUCUUCCAAUUCUACGACAGUGUUGCCGCGACUGCCCAAUACCCUUCUGAUGGGUUCGGUCUCAUCAAGGGUUUGAGGCAGAGCAUCUCCAACUCUCUCAAGGAGGGUACUUGGGGAAUGUACGCCAACUACCCCGAUUCGCAGAUCAAGAACGAUCGGGCUACUGAGAUGUACUGGGGAAGCAAUGUUGCCAAGUUGGAGCAGGUCAAGGCCAAGUAUGAUCCCAAGAACUUGUUCCGCAACCCCCAGUCUAUCAAGCCCAAGGCUUAG